GGUUUUUGUACUAGAACCCAAAGAGUGUAAAGAAAACAACUCUCUCUGCAAUACAAAUGGGUAUUCAAGUUCCAAGUGAUCAAGAUUACAACAAUAAUGUUAUUGAAAAAUUAGCAGAACAGAAGGCAAUUGAUGAUUGGCUUCCAAUUACAUCUUCAAGGAAUGCAAAAUGGUGGUACUCAGCCUUCCACAAUGUCACUGCCAUGGUUGGAGCUGGUGUUCUCAGUCUCCCUUAUGCCAUGUCAGGGCUUGGAUGGGGACCUGGAGUGGUCAUAUUGGUGUUGUCAUGGAUAAUAACCCUAUACACACUAUGGCAAAUGGUGGAGAUGCAUGAAAUGAUUCCAGGGAAAAGGUUUGACAGAUACCAUGAACUGGGUCAGUAUGCAUUUGGUGAAAAACUUGGUCUCUACAUUGUGGUGCCUCAGCAACUGAUUUGUGAAGUUGGGGUUUGCAUUGUGUACAUGGUCACUGGAGGCAAAUCAUUGAAGAAGUUCCAUGAUCUUGUUUGCCCUGACUGCAAAAACAUCAGGCUCACUUUCUUCAUCAUGAUUUUUGCUUCUGUUCACUUUAUCCUCUCCCAUCUCCCCAACUUCAACUCCAUCUCCGGAAUCUCUCUCGCCGCCGCAGUCAUGUCCUUAAGUUACUCUACAAUUUCUUGGACAGCAGCAGCCCACAAGGGUGUUCAAGAGGAUGUGCAAUAUGGGUACAAGGCCACAACUACAGCAGGAACAGUUUUCAACUUCUUUAGUGCAUUGGGGGAUGUGGCUUUUGCGUAUGCUGGUCACAAUGUGGUGCUGGAGAUUCAAGCAACCAUCCCAUCCACGCCUGAGAAGCCAUCAAAGGGGCCUAUGUGGAGAGGUGUUGUCGUCGCGUAUAUCGUCGUGGCAUUAUGCUAUUUCCCUGUUGCUCUAAUUGGGUACGCCAUGUAUGGCAAUUCUGUUGAAGACAACAUCCUUAUCUCACUGAAUAGGCCUGUUUGGCUCAUUGCACUGGCUAAUAUGUUCGUUGUUGUUCAUGUUGUUGGAAGCUACCAGAUCUUUGCAAUGCCAGUUUUUGACAUGAUAGAGACUCUGUUGGUGAGGAAACUGCAUUUCAAGCCCUCUAGUAUGCUUCGCUUCGUCGUGCGCAACCUUUACGUCGUGGCCACGAUGUUCGUCGCGAUUACCUUCCCUUUCUUCGGAGGUCUUCUGGGAUUUUUCGGAGGAUUUGCAUUCGCCCCAACAACAUACUUUCUGCCUUGCAUCAUGUGGCUUGCAAUCUACAAACCAAGGAAGUUCAGCCUAUCUUGGUGGACUAACUGGACUUGCAUAUUUCUUGGAGGUCUAUUGAUUGUCAUAUCACCAAUUGGAGGAUUGAGGCACAUCAUUAUGCAAGCCAAGGAUUACAAAUUCUACUCUUGAAAACAUCAUCAUAUAUGAUUCAGUGAAGGAAGGAAGGAAGGAAUAAUGCAAAGACUGAACAAAGAAAUUAGUCAUCUCAUCUGCACCCUUUUCUCUUCAUGCUUAUUAGUGUGUUUUUCAAUUCUAGUCGCUUUGGUUUCUUUGUAGUUGUGUGUAUUUAUAUAUAUAAAACGUCUCUCUUCUCUU